AUGGAACGAGCCCCUCGGGGCUUGCCCGACAACCCAGCCCAAGCACGACGGGCUCUCGCGGCCGCUGCCCUAGCGAAUCCUCCAGCUCCGCCCCCGAUGCCUAGCCUGCGAGAUGUGCCCUCUAACUCGAAUCUAUCGGCGUCGGCACCUCUCUCCUCUAGCCAGGUUAUCGCUCUGGCGAGGGAGGCAAUGAAAGUCGCUCACGACAAUGAAGCAAAAGCCGCCGAGGCGAGCGGAGUCAGCAACAGCCUCAAGCCUGGUCUCACUAUUGACUUGAGUAGGAAGAAGAUCCUGAAGCUGCCCGACGAAAUCGUCGACGUAAUUAAGGAUGAAUUAGAGCGGCUUGCGCUGUCGCACAACUAUUUGCAGACAUUCCCAACCAGGUUCGCUGAGUGCACCUCGAUCCGGUACCUCAACGUCAGACAGAACAGGAUAAAGGAAUUUCCCCUUGCUCUGUGCAAUCUCAAAUCACUUGAAAUCCUGGAUCUGGGGCGGAACUUGCUGCAGACUCUUCCGCCAGAGAUCGUCAAGCUGUCAUCUUUGAAGGUGUUUUCGAUACCAAAGAACCAGAUCUCUGAACUCCCCCUUUGCUUAGCAGACAUGCCGUCGUUGUCCGUUAUUAAAUUAGAAGGCAACCCGCUCGUGUUUCCUCCACCCGAAGUUCUGCAGGUGCAGGCUGCAACUAUACAAAACGAUGUCUUGAAGGAGUUCGAAAUGACAGAAGUUUCCAUAACGACACAUAUAAAAAAAUUUCUGAAGCAAAAGGCUCUCAGCCUCAAUGGGCGAGCGGACGCUGACUCGCCGGGCGAGGAGCCCGCAGAAGGCACCGAAACCCCACGGCCUACCAUCAAGCGCGUUUUCAGUGGGCGAUUCCCUAUCCGGGUCAACGGGAACGACGUUCACGACCUCCGGUCGCCCGCACUCCCUCGGGCCCCGCCAAUUCCAACACGGUCUCACUACCGGGGUCUCUCGCAGCAGAACACAGCGCAACGCAGACCAGGCGUCAUGCCACUCACCAUUGGUAACCCCAACGAGCGUGUUCGCAGCAAUUCUGAAACAACGAUCCAGACUUCAAGCCGAGAUCGGGCCGAGAGCAGAUCGAGGCGUAUGGGCAUUGUCUCCAAGAAACCCUCAGAACUCAGCACGCUCGAUGAGACAGAGGCCAACAACCGCUUUAGCCAUUACCGCGGCCUGAGUCAUGGGUCGGCGAUGCAGGGGAGCGGAACUCAUAUGCAAGUCAAAAGCCCGAAUCCGGCAAGCCCGGCCGAUGCAUCUUCGCACCGGCCCGUCUAUUUCCGCCGGCUCUCUAUCCUUCCGGAACGCAGGCCCGAGUCAAAGGUUGUGGAUCCGAUAAUAGAAGCCGCCAAGGGAAUCAUUUACUCCAUCUUUCAGAUCCAUCCGAUGAUCCAAAUGCUUAUGAGUCUUGCCGACGACGGCACCGCACGGCGCUCGAACCUGGAAAUCGUCUUCUACAACACCAAUGCGCACGUCGAGCAAUUGGAAAUUGAAAUCCAAAAGCAUGACCCAGUCGACGAGUACGGUACAAGAGAGAACGAAAAUGUCCAGAGAGCGUGCAUCACACUGGUCAAUGCUUACACCCACGUGUGCGCUCUAUUAAUGAGCAAUGUUGAUCUCUUCCUCGAUAAUGGCGACCCACGGUAUAUUCGUACCCUACUGACCCAGCUUUAUAAUAGUAUUAUGGAGCUGCGUGUCACAUGCUCCCAAGUCCCUUCGGACAACACCCUACGUCGCGGCCCCUCUCGGUCUGAUCUUGGAGACACUUUGCGCCCCCUAUCCCGGGAAAAUUCGGCUACUCCAAUUGCCGAUCGCGUCACCGCGAAUGGCAGGUCUCGCAACGGCACCCUGGUGUAUAACCCGAGCAAUCUGCGCGUUGCCACCGACGUUCCCAUGUCAUACAUCAACGGGACUGGUAGGACGGUAGCGAUAAGUGCUGCCACACCACGGUCUGGAGACUCGUUCAUAUCGUCCAGCACGUCUGGCGGCCGCGGAUUGUCGGCCGACUUUACUGAGGAAGAUGCCGUAUUCGAGAGGAUAUUCUUGUCCCUUCAAAAGUCGACAGAUCUCGCUAUGCGUGUUCUGCCGUCCUUGAAUGCACAACUUAAUGCAUACAUGCGCAACGCCAUGGCUCAGAGAGCAUCUGACCAUGUUGUACAGUGUUGGAAAGCUCUAAUGUUUAAGUGCGCAUCCUUUAUCCAGCAGACCGAGCUCUUGAAGGGGAAACUGUCGUCGAUCAAGCUUAAGGAGCCCGGCAUCCGCACCCAGGCGUCCUUCUGGAUACUUUGCCACAAUUUCGUCGAGGCAUAUUACGUGCUCGUCGGGAAGAUGAAGCAGCUCCAGAAGGACAUCAUGCUCCCGCCCGAUAUCAAGAUGAGGCUGCACACCAUCCAACAGAGCCUGAAGGAGACUGCCGCUCUUAUGCAUUCGUCGCCCUGGGCUUACUAUGCCGGCCAGGCUGGCUUGGACGUCAUGAUUUCAAGCCCCUACAGUACCCAAUCCAAUACGCCUGUACCUCUCCCCAUGACACCACAGAGUGCGGCUUUGGGUCCCGCCGUGCAGGCAACUGUCCCGUCGACACCGCAGAGCGCUUCCUUCGCCGCCGCGUUCACGGGCAACGUUUUCGAAAGAGCCGAUGCCCUGAUCUCGAUGGGUGGGAUCUCAAUGUCGCGGACUGGAACUAUGAAUUCGACGUCGACGGCGAGUCUAAAUUCUAUGAGCAGCACUAUUUCUUCGCAAGACGGCAUCCUCACGCCUUCUUCGGCUCUUAGCCCUGGCCCAGGCCCGCUCGGUUCUCUACCUCUCCGGGUCAACUAUGGGGGCAAAGUUGGCUCCUAG